UAGAAAUAUAUACCCUCGUUUGUAAUUGAGAGUAUACAAAUUUUUGGAAUCCUGAGCCUUAGAGUUGCAGAGAAAGGAGAGAAAAUUGAUUUCGAUGGCAGAGAGUUCUUCAUCAUUCGCUGCGUCCGCUUCUCCCACCAGGUACGACGUGUUUCUGAACUUCAGAGGGGAAGACACUCGUGAGAACUUCAUUAGUCACCUUUAUGCAGCGCUGGAGAGGAAGCACAUUGAAACAUAUAUUGAUUACAGACUACAAAGGGGCGAAGAAAUUUCACCUGCACUGCAAACCGCAAUUGAAGAAUCAAAGAUCUAUGUCCUGGUUUUCUCUGAAAACUAUGCAUCUUCCACGUGGUGUUUAAAUGAACUGACUAAAAUACUGGACUGCAAGAAGACAUAUGGAAGGGAUGUGAUACCAGUUUUCUACAAGGUGCAUCCAGCAACUGUCAGAAAACAGGAAGAGAGAUACAAAGAAGCGUUCGAAGAGCAUGAACUGCGGUUUAAGGAAGACAUGGGCAAAGUGCAAGGAUGGAAGGAUGCUCUAACCGAAGCUGCUGAACUCUGCGGCUGGGAUUCAAACGUUAUCAGGUUAGAACACAUUCUUGUUGAAGAAAUUAUAGAUGAUAUUUUGAAAAAACUGAAUCGUUAUUCCGUCAGUUAUAAUCAAGGAAUCAUCGGUAUUGAAAAACAUAUUGAAGAAAUUCGAUCCUUGUUGGAUCUUGAGUCACCGGAUAUUCGGAUCAUAGGAAUUUAUGGCAUGGGAGGAAUGGGAAAAAGUACAAUUUCUGAACAAUUAUUUCACACAUUGGCAGUGCAGUUUGAUUCCCACAGCCUUGUUUUAGAUGUUCAAGAAAAACUACAAAGAGAGGGAAUACACAAUAUCAUAGCAAAAUAUCGGUCUGAGCUUCUAAAGGAAGAAGCAUCAUCAUUCACUGAUUUAUCAUAUUCCAAUGAAAGGCUCAAACGAGCAAAGGUCCUCCUCAUUCUUGAUGAUGUAACAAAUUCAACUCAACUUAGAAAAUUAAUGGAAAGACAUGAUAGCUUUGGGCAAGGCAGUAGAAUCAUUAUGACCAGUAGAGAUAGACAAGUGCUUAAGAAUGCUGGAGCUGAUGAUAUCUACGAACUUCAGGAGUUGAAUUUUUAUGAUUCUCUAAAACUUUUUAAUUUACAUGCUUUUAAACAAAAUUCUCCAGAAGAAAUUACUUACAUGGACUUGUCAGUACAAGUGUUAAAAUAUGCAAAAGGGAUUCCGUUAGCUCUCCAAAUUUUGGGUUCAUUGUUAUAUGGCAGACAAAGAGAAGCAUGGGAAAGUCAGUUGCAAAACUUGGAGAAGUGCCAAGAUGAUGAUAUUUUCAAUGUAUUCAAGUUAAGUUAUGAUGGACUCCGUGAGGAGGAGAAAAAUAUAUUUCUUGACAUCGCUUGCUUUUAUAGAGGACACAACGAGAUUGUAGUAGCAGAAAUACUAAAUGAGUGUGGUUUCUCUUCUAAGAUUGGAAUGGAUGUUCUCAAAGAUAAAUGACUCAUAUCUAUCUUGGAUGGUAGAAUUGUGAUGCACGAUCUAAUACAAGAAAUGGGUCAAGAAAUUGUUCGUAAAGAGUGUCCUCAACAUCCUGGAAAACGCAGCCGAUUGUUCAAGGCUGACGAAAUUCAUGAGAUUUUAAAAAAGAACAAGGGUGUGCCCUUAAACUUCCAAAGUCUCAAGAAGCUCUGUUUCAUAGAUCUCUCAAACUGUUCUUCCCUUACAAUAUUUCCAUUUGACCUUUCUGAGAUUAAAUUCCUAAAGAAACUUUGUCUCGGUGGUUGCUCAAAAUUGGAAAAUUUCCCCGAGAUUGAGGACACGAUGGAAGACCUAGAGGUGCUCAUCUUGGACAGAACAGCCAUACAGGCACUACCUUCAUCCUUGUGGCGUUUGGUAGGGCUUCAAGAACUGAGUUUGAGCGGUUGCUUUAAUCUUGAGAUUAUUCCAUCUUUCAUUGGAAGCCUCACCAGACUAUGUAAGUUAGAUCUUACCUAUUGUGAAUCACUUCAAACUUUUCCAAGCACAAUUUUCAAAUUGAAGUUGAGGAAAUUUGAUUUGUGUGGUUGCUUAAGGUUGAGGACCUUCCCAGAGAUCACGGAUCAGGUACAAACUUUUUCUCACAUUAACUUAAAAGAAACGGCUAUCAAAGAACUGCCUUCCUCAUUCGGCAAUUUGGUUAGUCUUCGAUCCCUGCAGCUCAACAAAUGCACGAAUCUCGAAUCACUCCCAGACUCCGUUGCUAAUCUAAAGCAUCUCUGUAAACUUGAUUGUUCGGGUUGUGCCAAAUUAACAGAAAUCCCAAGACACAUAGGUCGGUUGACGUCAUUAAUGGAACUGUCACUGAGUGAGAGCGGAAUCGUGAACCUUCCUGUGAGCAUUGCUCAUCUUUCGAACUUGAAAUCAUUUGAUUUGAGCGAUUGCAAAAAGCUUGAAUGCAUCCCACAGAUUCCACCAUGUUUAAAACAACUGGUGGCAUUGGAUUGCACAUCCAUUAGAAGAGUGAUGUCAAAUUCUCCUGUUCGAAACCUCUCAAACUCCAAAGAGGGUGUCUUCAAAUUUCAUUUCACCAAUGCCCAACAACUGGAUUCAGGUGCUCGUGCUAACAUUGAGGAGGAUGCAAGGCUCAGGAUGACCGACGAUGCAUAUAGGUCUGUAUUCUUCUGUUUUCCAUGCACUGCAGUUCCUCAUUGGUUUCCUUUUCGUGGUAAUGGACCUUCAGUGAGUAUAAAUGAAGAUUUAAGUUUCUGCAGCGAUGACAGGCUCAUUGGUUUCGCUUUGUGUGUUGUUUUUGAACUGUUAGAUACGAAUGAUUUUGAAGGUAGAUACGGUUCUUUUAGUUAUAACCUAAAAUUUGAAUGUGAUGAUAAUGGUACACAGAUUAUUCCAAAUAAUCAUGUGCUAGACAACUAUUUCGAAUGGAAUGAUAAAGACAGAGUUGUCAAUCAAGAUCACACAUUCAUGUGGAAAUUUAACUUGGAGUCCGUAAGGACUAGCGGCAUGAGCCUUAGGCUCCGUGAUGCUCGCAAUUUCACUUUUGAGAUCGAUCCGAAACAUUAUGACUUUGAGUUUGAGUUGCCAGAUUACGACUCCGUUGUGAACGAGUUAAAAUCAGUUGUGACAAUAAAAGAAUGUGGAAUGUGCCCUCUUUAUAGAAGCGGAAGCAAUGUUGGAGAGUCUUCAAGGGAAACAAAGGAAGAUAGGAAGAGGAAGGCCGAAAGCUACUUAGUGGGCUAAUCUCUUGCUUUUCUGCUAAUUGGUCUUCCGUUGGUGAGUGUGGCUUAUCACCAAUACUCGAUAAUUACAA